UGGUCGGCCCCGUCCCGUCCUCGUCGGGACGCGAUGGCGGGGCUGAGCUCGCUGGAGGCGGUGAGGAGGAAGAUCAAGAGUCUGCAGGAGCAGGCCGACUCGGCCGAGGAGCGGGCGGGCAGCCUGCAGCGGGAGCUGGACCACGAGAGGAAAUUGAGGGAAAACGCUGAAGCCGACGUAGCCUCUCUAAACAGACGCAUCCAGCUGGUUGAGGAAGAGUUGGACCGAGCUCAGGAGCGUCUAGCCACUGCACUUCAGAAGCUGGAGGAGGCAGAGAAGGCAGCAGAUGAGAGCGAGAGAGGAAUGAAAGUCAUUGAAAGCAGAGCCCAAAAAGAUGAAGAGAAAAUGGAAAUCCAGGAGAUCCAGCUUAAAGAGGCCAAGCACAUUGCUGAGGAUGCGGACCGCAAGUAUGAAGAGGUGGCCCGUAAAUUGGUGAUCAUUGAAAGUGACCUGGAGCGUGCCGAGGAGCGCGCGGAGCUCUCGGAAGGCCAAGUCCGACAGCUGGAAGAACAGUUAAGAAUAAUGGAUCAGACCUUGAAAGCAUUAAUGGCUGCAGAGGAUAAGUACUCACAGAAGGAAGACAAAUAUGAGGAGGAGAUCAAGGUCCUCUCUGACAAACUGAAGGAGGCUGAGACCAGAGCUGAGUUUGCUGAGAGGUCAGUAACCAAACUGGAGAAGAGUAUCGAUGACUUAGAAGACCAGCUCUACCAACAACUUGAGCAAAACCGCCGUCUAACUAACGAACUAAAGCUGGCCCUGAAUGAGGAUUAAACUCUAGCGGGAAUGAACAGCUUAGUCUUUCUAGCUUAACUCUACAAUCCACGAAGGUUGAAUUGUAGAAACGGAGCCCCAUGUGUUAAUCGCAAGAAACCUAUUAGUUGAUUUUCUGAUUAAUUCUUGAUAAGGCACCUUCAUUAGAGGUUGAGUUGACCAGUUCUGGAGCAACAAAAGUGAGAGAAAUGAGGCUAAAAGGCAGGUCUUAUCUGUCUUUUCCGGUGUCUCUUGGAGCGUUAAAAACCUCUCACUACGAUUUUAAAUGUAGAGUCUUGCUAACAAUAAUCCAAAUUGAAUUGAGGACACCUUCUCAUUGUAGGUAGUCCUCUAAUUGAAGGGAUGCCAUAACUGGGAUCCGAAAUUUAUAGGAGUAAUUGCAGGAGGAGAGCCGGGUUCUCGGCACCCGAACACCGAAGCCAAAAGUACAGGGGAUUCCCAGUUAGUUCAUAUCUGGGAUCCGGGUGCCCUUGUUAGAGUUCUGAUACAACGGGCCCAGGUUAGAAUAAAGCAGCCCUGGAAACCGGAGCCCGGGUGUAAAUCCCUGGUUGAUUGACGAUAACGUUUGCUUCAGCGUUACAGUGUCGUUGGAAUUGGGUGGUGUCAAACCAAGAAUGCCAGGCUUACGUAAUGUGCUUCCUCUGAGUAUUAAGUGAAUGUCAUAUAAGGCUGCAUGCAACAUAAAACUCUUUCACUGGGGAUAAACUGCUUAAGAUUUAACUGCAGAGAUGGUUUAUUUGAAAUGUCAUGUGAAUUUCAUUCUCGUUUUCUGCAAGAUUGAGUUCUAAGUUUUAAUGCCAAUUGCAAAAUGCUAACAGACGAGUACCUCAUUAUUAACAUUGUCUCCGUUUUAUUUGGGGUGAUGGAUUGGCAGUGGUUUGGGUUGGUAGGUUUUCCGAUUCCCACGGCAUUUGAUUACUGAUCCUUAAAUAUAUCGACCUAUACGUAUUCGGUCUUGCAAAUGGAGAUGCAACGUAUAGCACUUGCUUUGCCCGAAGUUUCUUUUUAUUGACGUUCAUUGAAUCGUAUUUAUUGAGCGCUUACUGUGUGCAGAGCACUGUACUAAGCACUUGGAAAGUACAAAUCGACAACAAAUAGAGACAAUCCCUACCCAACGUUGCUAUGCCCUUUCUUAAGGCCGUGUCAGAUUUGGAAAGUAAUCGUGUCAAUCGACCGGUGGUAUUUAUUGAGCACUUACUGUGUGCACAGCACUGUACUAAGCAUGCACUUGGGAGAGUACAAUGCAACAGAGUUGGUAGACACAUUCUCUGCUCACAAUAAACUUACAAUCUAGAAGGGGAGAUGGAAAAUAUAAAUAAAUGAAUGUCUUGGGUCGCAUGACUGAUGCUAAUCAUGUAAAUGUUUCUUGUGUUUGAGUGGUGUUGCAUGCUUUAGCAUAUAGACAAAAGUUGUGUCUAAAGAGCUACUAUUCAUGUCUUAAUUUUCUAAUCCCG